AUGGCACCUGUUAAGCUGUAUGGCGCUCCUAUGUCGACAUGUACCCGUCGUGUUGCGACAGUAUUGAAAGAAAAGGGCGUUCCGUACGAGCUAGUCUUGAUUGAUUUCUCAAAGGCGGAACACAAGAGUCCGGACUAUGUUGCCAACCUGCAGCCCUUUGGUCAAGUUCCAGUACUCAAGGAUGGCGACUUCACGCUUUACGAGUCUCGCGCUAUCGGCCGCUACAUCGCAGCCAAAUACGCAAAUCAAGGAACACCAGGUCUUAUUCCUCCUCAGUCGAACAUCGAAGCAUGGGCACGCUUUGAGGAGGCCGCGAGUAUUGAGCAGAACAACUUUGAUCCAUUUGCCAGUGGGAUUUCUGCUGAAAAGGUCUUCAAGCCGAUGCGAGGAGGCCAGACAGACGAGAAACGCGUCAAGGAGCUCACCGAUACAUUGUACGCUAAAUUGGAUGCAUAUGAAGCAAUUUUGAGCAAGCGCAAAUACUUGGCUGGCGACAGCGUCACUCUGGCUGACUUGUUCCACCUUCCUUACGGCACAAUGAUUACUGAGCGUCUCGGGAUCGAUGCUCUGAACUCCAAGCCGAACAUUGCAAGGUGGUGGAAAGAUAUUACUUCUCGCGAGUCAUGGCAGGCGGUCAAAGACGGGGCCUAA